AUGCCGUUGGACUCACUUCCUGGUUGGCUGAAUGCUGUGGCCUGUGGGCUUCUGUUUUUUCUCCAAGUGCAUGGUGAAGACUCAGCCAGCCCCAUCAGGACUACACUCACAGGACAGGUGCAGGGCAGUCUUGUCCACUUGAAUGGCACCAGAGAGGGUGUCCACACCUUCCUGGGAAUUCCCUUUGCCAAGCCACCUCUAGGAAAGCUGAGAUUUGCACCCCCUGAGGCUCCAGAACCAUGGAGUGGUGUGAGGGAUGCAACCUCCUACCCAGCCAGAUGUCUACAAAAUUCUGAAACAGAGAAUGCAAACAGUCUGGCAAUGAUGAAACUGAACGUGACUCCCAUCUCUACAUCUGAGGACUGCCUGUAUCUCAACAUCUACACACCAGCUCAUGCCCAUGAGGGCUCUAACCUGCCUGUGAUGGUGUGGAUCCAUGGUGGUUCACUGGUAAUGGGCAUGGCUUCCUUGUAUGAUGGAUCCAUGCUGGCAGCCAUGGAGGAUGUGGUGGUGGUCACUGUCCAGUACCGCCUGGGUAUCUUAGGCUUCUUCAGCACUGGAGAUGAGCAUGCCAGAGGCAACUGGGGCUACCUGGACCAAGUGGCCGCCCUACGCUGGGUCAAGCAGAACAUCGCCCACUUUGGAGGCAACCCUGACUGUGUCACCAUUUUUGGACAGUCUGCAGGAGCCACAAGUGUGUCUUCACAUGUUGUGUCCCCCAUGUCCCAAGGACUCUUCCACAAAGCCAUCAUGGAGAGUGGAGUGACUCUGGUGCCUGUACUUAUCUCCAACACUUCUGAGGUUGUCUACACAACUGUGGCCGAAUUAUCUGAUUGUGAGGCUGUGGACUCGGAGACCCUGGUGCACUGUCUGAGAAGCAAGAGUGAAGAGGAGAUUCUGGCUAUUAACAAGGUCUUCAAGAUGAUCCCUGCUGUGGUAGAUGGGGUAUUCCUACCCAGGCAUCCCCAAGAGUUAUUGGCUUCUGUGGAUUUUCACCCUGUCCCCAGCAUUAUUGGUGUCAACAAUGAUGAAUAUGGCUGGCUUCUACCCGAGACCACAGGCAUUGACAAAACAAUAAAGAACAUAACCAGAGAGACCCUGCAGGCUGUUCUGAAGAGCACAGCAGCACAGAUGAUGUUACCUCCUGAGUGUAGUGACCUGCUAAUGGAAGAGUACAUGGGGGACACUGAGGACCCACAGACCCUUCAAAUACAGUUCACUGAGAUGAUGGGAGAUUUCAUGAUCAUUAUCCCUGCACUCCAAGUUGCAAAUUUUCAGUAUUCCCAUGGCCCUGUCUAUUUUUAUGAGUUCUGUCAUGAUACCAACUUCCUCAAAGAUGUCAGACCACCCCAUGUGAAAGCUGACCAUGGUGAUGAAGUUCCCUUUGUCUUUGGGUCCUCCUUCUGGGGCAUAAAACCUGAUUUUACUGAGGAGGAGGAGCUGUUGAGCAGGAGGAUGAUGACGUACUGGACUAACUUUGCACGACAUGGGAACCCCAAUGGUAAGGGUCUACCCUACUGGCCUGAGUUUGACCAGAAUGAGAAGUACCUGCAGCUGGGCAACGUGACUGCUGUGGGCAAAGUCCUGAAGGCCAGAAGGCCAGGGUUCUGGAGCAAGAUUCUACCACAGAUCCAGGAGCUAAAGAGGGCUCAGGAGAAUCAAUAA